AUGGCGCCCUCCUUUAUUGGCAUGAGUGGGAGGUCACUGUCGCAGACGGUGUCAACCAUUGCGACAAUGGGUUUCCUACUCUUCGGCUAUGACCAAGGUGUCAUGUCUGGAAUUAUCUCCGCCACUGCUUUCACCGACGUUUUCACAGCUGCCAAGGGCGACAACACAAUGCAAGCUCUGAUUACUGCAGUUUAUGAGCUGGGCUGUCUCUUCGGAGCCAUGUUUGCUCUCUUCACUGCUGACAUUUUGGGUCGCCGCAAGAUGGUUAUCGGCGGUGCGGCCAUCAUGAUUAUCGGUGUGAUCAUUCAAGUUACCUCGUUUGUCGACCACAUUCCUCUUUUGCAGUUCUUCUUCGGCCGUGUCAUCACCGGUAUUGGUAACGGCAUGAACACUUCCACUAUUCCUACCUACCAGGCUGAGUGCUCGCGCACCAGCAACCGUGGUCUUCUCAUCUGUAUUGAAGGAGGUACCAUCGCCAUUGGUACUAUGAUCGCUUAUUGGAUUGACUUCGGUGCUUCCUACGGCCCACCAGACCUUGCCUGGAGGUUCCCCAUCGCCUUCCAGGUUAUCUUCGGUGGUAUCAUCAUCGUCGGAAUGUAUUACCUGCCCGAUUCUCCCCGUUUCCUCAUUUCGAAGGGCAAGAUCGAAGAAGGAGAGUACGUGUUGGCGGCGUUGGCCGGCAAGGAAAUUGACGACCCCGAGACCCAGCUGCAGAAGCAACUUGUCAUUGAGUCCAUCGAAGCUGCUGGCGUCUCCGACGGAGCUGGAUACUCCGACCUUCUUACUGGAGGCAAGACUCAACAUUUUCGUCGCAUGUUGAUCGGGUCAUCGUCUCAAAUCGCACAACAGCUGUCCGGCUGUAACGCAGUCAUCUACUACCUGCCUGUCCUCCUGAAGCAAUCCCUCAACCAAACCGAGUUUAUGUCCCUCCUAAUUGGUGGUGUAAACAUGAUCGUUUACGCAAUCUUCGCAACAUUCUCCUGGUUCUUCAUUGAAAAGAUCGGUCGACGUAAGCUUUUCAUCGGCGGAAUGACAGGCCAAAUGGUCUCGAUGAUUAUUGUCUUCGCCUGCCUUAUCCCCGGUACCACCGAACCAGCCAAGGGUGCAGUCUUCGGCCUGUUCCUAUACAUGUCCUUCUUCGGCGCAUCAAUCCUCCCUCUUCCCUGGUUAUACCCGGCCGAAAUCUCGCCCAUUCGAACCCGCGCCAAGGCAAACGCCGUUUCAACCUGUUCCAACUGGCUUUUCAACUUCACCGUUGUCAUGAUCACCCCCGUUAUGAUCGAGCACAUCGGCUGGCGAACAUACCUCUUCUUCGCCGUCAUGAACGCCGUAUUCAUCCCACCGAUGAUCUUCUUCUACCCCGAGACCGCAGGCCGCAGUCUCGAGGAGAUCGACCUCAUCUUUGCCAAGGGUUUCUGCGAAAACAUGUCAUAUGUGCGCGCGGCGAAGGAGCUUCCUAAGCUGUCGGACGAGGAGAUUGAGCAAAAGGCUCUGGAGUAUGGAUUUGGCGGGGGCGGUGGUGAUGAUGCCGAGAAGGGCCAGUCUGCUUCGUCCAACUCUUCACAACAGGGUAAUGUCAAGCGGCAGGCGGAGAGCAGCCAGAUGACCGAGGAGUACUCUCAGUCGCAGCCGCAGUAG